AUGGCAACUGAUGCCACGGCUCAGCGACUUCUGCAGCAGUUCUUGUGUGAGGAGCAUGAUGAGGCAUGGCUGCGGUGGAAGGAUCUGCCCGAAGAUACGAUGGCUACUUCCUCGUCUGGUGACUCGCAGUCCUUUGAUCAAAGUUUCGAAGGGUUGCAGCCGCAGCUAACCUCGCUGACUUCGCUGGACACUUUACUGCAGAAGGUCUACGAACGACAAGAGCAGUCAUCUGGUGCGAUUGCUGCCCGCAUUGCGAGCCUUGAGCGCCAGAUAUGCAAGCUCCAAGUCCAGUAUGAAGUUGCGGGUGCGAAGAUGCAGAGCAAGGUGAAGAGAAAGCGCUUUCUCACAUCUUGUUCCACAAGUCCAAACACCAAAAAGAAGAAGCAGAAGGUCCAGGAUGCGCUGUCUCCAAGGCCGUGCAUUGAUGACCCUGCACGCCGGAAUCUCGACUGCGAGUUCUUUAAUGUGGCUGAUAAGGAGAACGCGGACGACCAGCAGGCAGCUUCCUGCACGGCGACGGCCUCGCGGGAUGGCCCCUUGAGCCCUUUGAGCCCUGUGAGCCCGAGCGUUUGGGACGUGCUCUCGGGCGUGUUUGGUUGGAGAGAAGCUCCUGAGCAACGCUGUGAUCAAAAGGAUCCGGAACGCGGCGAACGCGGCGUGGAGGAUUGUGAGGCUGAGCUCUCGAUGCGUGGAGCUGUGCCGGAACAGGCAGGUUAUGAGCCGGCGCAGAUCGAGGUGUCGGAAUCCGAUAAACUGGACUGGGCUCACCUUUCGUAUGUAAAGAUGCACAUCUGGAAGUUCUUGCCGGCCGUGGAGAUCUGCCAGGGUCGAGCGGUGUCGUGCACCUUUGCAAAGCCAAAGGAGCUGAUUGACCACUUCAAGCAUGUUGCCGACCUAUCCAGGAGGGACGCCCUCCUGGCUCACACAGUGUCGCUUCAUGAGAAAGCUCGCGACAGGGGCGUACAAUGGUUUGGAGAGGCUCACGAAGAUCCUUUGCUUUCAGUUCGCCUGGAUUCGGCCAUGCUCGAGCGGAGGGACAGUUUCCGCUGCCUCAUGAACCUGGGCAGCCUAUGGUUUGAGCAUGCUCCUUUCUCCAUGCUGGAACUGCUGUGGCGCCUGGCCCGGCAUACCUUGAAACAGCAGGGCGAGGAGUUUGACGACGAGUAUUUCUACACACGCUCAGCAGCAGCGGUCUCGCUGAACAGACUGCUGCUUCACACUCCAGGGUUUCACCGUUGGCUGGCGCAGCACAGGGAUACCAACAGCGCCUGA